CCUCCUCUCCCUCCUCCUCCUCCUCCUCCUCCCUCUCCUCUCUCCUCCUCCUCUCCUCCUCCCUCUCCUCCUCCUCCUCCUCCUCCUCCUCCUCCUCCUCCUCCUCCUCCUCCUCUCCCUCCUCCUCCUCCUCCUCCUCCUCCUCCUCCUCCUCCUCCUCCUCCUCCUCCUCCUCCUCCUCCUCCUCCUCCUCUCCUCCUCUCCUCCUCCCUCCUCCUCCUCUCUCCUCCUCCUCCUCCUCCUCCUCCUCCUCCUCCUCCUCCUCCUCCUCCUCCUCCUCCACCUCCUCCUCCUCCUCCUCCUCUCCUCCUCCUCCUCCUCCCUCCUCCUCCUCCUCCUCCUCCUCCUCCUCCUCCUCCUCCUCCUCCUCCUCCUCCUCCUCCUCCUCCUUCCUCCUCUCCUCCUCCUCCUCCUCCUCCUCCUCCUCCUCCUCCUCCUCCUCCUCCUCCUCCUCCUCCUCCUCUCCUCCCUCCUCCUCCUCCUCCUCCUCCACCUCCUCCUCCUCCUCCUCCUCCUCCUCCUCCUCCUCCUCCUCCUCCUCUUCCUCCUCUCUCCUCACCUCCUCCUCCUCCUCCUCCUCCUCCUCCUCCUCCUCCUCCUCCUCCUCCUCCUCCUCUCUCCUCCUCCUCCUCCUCCUCCUCUCCUCCUCCUCCUCCUCCUCCACCUCCUCCUCCUCCUCCUCCUCCUCCUCCUCCUCCUCCUCCUCCUCCUCCU